AUGUCGGACUGGGACGCGAGCAGCGAUGAGGAGCUGGGCGCGCCGGACUGGCCGCGGGCCGCUGCUGCUGCCGGGCCGCUGUGCUGGUCGCCCAGCACCCCUUCGUGGGGCCGCGCCUCCGUGGAGAGCGGCGGGCGAUGGGGGAAGGGCGCGGGGAAUCCUGGAGGGGAAGGGUGGGAGCCGCGAGGCGCUGAAGGCUCCGGCGGCCCGAGGCGGGCGGCGCGGCCGCGGCCACCCCGAGCUGCGGCCGGCCAGGCUCGGGACUCUGCGGCGCCGCUCUCCUUCCACGUGGAUAGCGCCCUGGUCGGGGCUCUCAUAGGUAGGGGUGGAACUAAAAUUAAAGAACUUGAGGAUUCUUCAGGUUCCAGGAUAAAGGUUACAAGAGGAACCUAUGAAUCUGAAGUAAAGAUUUUUGGCAGCAUUGAUGUGCAAAACAAAGCCAAGAUGUUGAUUGACAAUCUUAUUACAAGUUCUGGACAAAACUAUGUUAGAGGUGGGACAGAGAAAGGAAAAACCUUGGACAUUAUCAAGCCUGAAAAUAACCCAAAGAAACCAGUAAUUAACUGGGCCUCUCUUCGAGAAAACAGGGCCAAAUAUGAAUCUAUGAAGUGGGCAGGCUUGCCUCCAAUUGAGAAAAACUUCUACAAGGAAUCAGCCAGGACUGCAUCUAUGUCACAAGAAGAAGUGGAACUGUGGCGGAAAGAAAAUAAUUCUAUAACUUGUGAUGACUUGAAAGAAGGUGAAAAGCGCUGCAUUCCCAAUCCUGUUUGUAAAUUUGAAGAUGUAUUUGAGCAUUAUCCUGAUAUUAUGGCCAAUAUAAGAAAAGUUGGUUUUCAGAAGCCUACACCAAUUCAGUCCCAGGCGUGGCCAAUUAUACUCCAAGGAAUUGAUCUUAUUGGUAUAGCGCAGACUGGUACUGGGAAGACAUUAGCAUACUUAAUGCCUGGAUUCAUUCACUUGACUUCACAACCAAUAUCCAAAGAUCAGCGUGGGGGGCCUGGAAUGUUGGUUCUUGCUCCCACUAGAGAACUGGCACUUCAAGUAGAGGCAGAGUGUUCAAAGUAUGCAUACAAAGGAAUUAAAAGUAUUUGCGUCUAUGGUGGUGGGGACCGAAAAGGACAGAUAGACAUGGUUACCAAAGGUGUGGAUAUUGUUAUUGCUACUCCUGGCAGACUGAAUGAUCUUCAGAUGAACAACUUCAUAAAUUUGAAGAGCAUAACAUAUUUGGUUUUAGAUGAGGCUGACAGAAUGCUGGAUAUGGGAUUUGAACCUCAGAUAAUGAAGAUCCUAAUAGAUGUGCGUCCUGACAGACAAACUGUUAUGACAAGCGCUACUUGGCCUGAUGGUGUCCGUCGCCUAGCAAAAUCCUACUUGAAAAAUCCCAUGAUUGUGUAUGUUGGCACUCUUGACUUAGCAGCAGUAAGCACAGUACAACAAAAAGUUAUUGUUAUCCCCGAGGAAGAAAAGAGAGCUUUCAUGCAUAGCUUCAUUAAGUCUAUGAAGCCAAAAGAUAAGGUCAUCAUUUUUGUGGGCAAAAAGCUUACAGCUGAUGACUUGGCAAGUGACUUUGGUAUCCAAGGAAUUCCAGUACAGUCACUUCAUGGCAACAGGGAACAAUGUGAUCGAGAACAGGCUUUGGAUGACUUCAAGAAAGGCAAAGUUCGGAUAUUGGUGGCUACUGACUUGGCAUCCCGUGGCCUCGAUGUGCACGACAUCACUCACGUUUUCAACUUCGAUUUCCCUCGCAACAUUGAGGAAUAUGUUCACAGAGUAGGUCGUACUGGAAGAGCAGGGCGCUCUGGGGAGGCAGUAACACUUGUCACGAGCAAUGAUUGGAGGUUUGCAUCCGAGCUGAUUGACAUUCUGGAAAGAGCAAACCAAGUAGUUCCUGAUGAGCUUAUUGCAAUGGCAGAAAGAUACAAACAAUCACAAAUGAGAAAAGAAAAUGAAAAGGAUAUUCAAAGACCUUGGAGAAAGCCCUCAAAAUAA